AUGUCUAUUGAGAUCAUAGCCGUGCUGACCUCGAUAUCUAAGGAUGACAAUGGGUUCCAUAUAGCGCUGGAUGAUAUCGCAGGUGAAGUGCGAGUGUUGGAUAUAGACGAGGCCCAGGCGAGAGAAGUAGUAAAUGAAUGUGACCUGGAAGUCUCUGAUACCAAUGCAUUCAAUAUAACGAAAAUACAAUUGGAGAAGCUUUGCUUUGUGGUGGCUAAGUGCACAUCUUCUGGACUACAGUUGGUCAACGGUGACAUGACUUUCAAGUUGCAACCUGUGGACGUAAAAGUACUUGAUAUUAAUUAUAUACAGGAGAACUGGAAUACUCUGGACAAGAAGAAGAAAGAUAAAAUCUCUAAAAUACUACUGGCAUUGAAAAAACUGGACUCUGAUAUCAAGUCAGAAUUCAAUUUUGUGAAGUUAAAUAACUACAAAAAUACUCUGGUGCAUUUUCUAUCCGGUAUUAAAAUGACCAAACAAACUAAACUGACGAGUUUCUUCACAAAACAAACUACUAUGGUGGAAUCUCAAAAUGACUUUAACUCACAAGCUAUGAACACGCAGCAGUUUACUAGUCAAGCAAGCAUACCGGGAAUUAGUGACGAUGAAUUGAUUGAUAGUGAUGACGAUUUGGACAAUAUUUCCGAGGGAUCGUACCCUACUGUGACAAGAUUAGGAUCAACAAAACAUGAUCUACCAACGAACCACAAUGGGUCAUCUGCCAAUAAACACAGUAAAAAGGAUAGUUGCCUUUAUGUGAAUUUUAUGGACCCACAUAGAAACCAACUCUGGACAUACAAUGGUGAUAAUUCGUCGGUAAUCAUAAGCCAUUGUUCAUUACAAUCUAUGUCUCCUGUUGGGUUUAAGUCCUUAGAUGAUCUAGAUAAAUUCACUCUUCGAUUAGUAUUCAAACAAAAAACAAUGGUAGAUGAACUUCUCAUACCGAAUAACAAUUGCUGUGAAGUAGUUAUCAAGAACAAGUUGGAGUACAUGGAAACUUUUGGUAGACUAGCUGAUACUUCAAGCAAGCUGCGAAAAUAUCUUAAUGGUGAUUUAAACAUAACAGUAAAGAAGUGGAAAUAUGAGAUUCGUGGAUACGACAGUUUCAAAUGGACGAUAGAGAAAUUAGAUUUCAACCCAGAGAUGCCAGUAAAAGAAAAGGUACCUGAGCAGGGUAAAUGCUCUAAUCGAUACGACUUCAACAGUAUAAAUUUCAUCGAUGAGUCUACUCGGGAUCAAGUCAUUCAAUUUAAGGACAUGAUAAUUGAAGAAGAAAAUACCGCAAAAUUUUAUAUUGUAUUUGGCUAUUUAUUAGCGUGCUCAACAGAUAAUAGUAACUAUGCCAAUUUCGUAUUCACAGAUUUUACAACAAACCGGAAAUACGAGCAGAAAUAUACAUUUGAUCGGUAUAUCAAUGACUAUAAUACAAAAUUAGAUCAUGACCAAAGUUUUAGAGUUAUUUCAUACUAUAAUCAUUUCAAUGAAUUUAAUAUGAAAGUCAAAGCCAAGUAUGGUAAAGAUCUCAACGCUAUGGUCAACGAGAACUCACAAAUUGCGGAUAAAAAUGUUAGUAAGUAUGGAAUACUUUGUCGAAUAGUGAUGAAGUGUAAACUAUAUCAAUCUGUGCUGAAUUUAGUGGAGCGAGAUAUCGAGCUACUUGAUAACCUACAUGAAUUGAGCAUUGGGGAGAAACCGUACAUCAAAGAGCUAUUCAAUAAAACAGAGCCCUAUCUGACUGCUUCUCCGACUUUGAAUGUGAACGGCGAUAUAGCAUCCUCGAAAACCACACGAGAGUCAAAGGAGCAAGUUCCAUGUAUUACAGAUAUUACACAGUAUGAAGUUGUGGAAGAUCAUAAUAUUUCACAGUUGAAUCAUUUGCAACACCUUACACCGAAGAUUUAUGUUUUGAACGUUUACAUAAUUGAUGUUGAGAUAGUAUACGAUCAAGAAAUACGCAUCAAAGUAGUGAAUGAAUUACCUAUGGUAGGCAAAUACGUGCCACCAGUCGAUAUACUUGAAGUAUAUAUCACCGGCAAAGAAGAGGUACAGAAUUUCCUAGGCGACGAAGCGCUAACCAUGGAUAUAUUUACCCCACUGCUCAAUGAAACAUCGAGACUUAGAGUUUUCCAAAGACCUUCUAAAACUGACCGGAUUAUUCGAUGGUCCCCAAUUGAGUGUACCAUACAAGAACUCCGGCUACAGAGAAUGUUCAGGCUAAGAGAUACUAUUAAAGUGGAAGAAACCUUGUCGUUAACUCAAUAA